UACUACGAUUAAAGUCGAUCUUAUAAAAAGUUGGAAGAGGGGUCUCAUCAUCGUAAGAGAAUUCAAAGAUAUGUUUGUUAACAGAUAUUUACUAAGUCUCCGAGAAAGGUAUCAGCACUCACAUAAAGAGCCACGUGUCACAUCGAAACAGUCUCCGGCGAUAGGACAGAUAGUGCAAAUAAAAGGAGAAAAUAAAAAUAGAGAAACCUGGAGAGUAGGGAAAAUUGUUUCACUGAAAGAAGGAAGUGAUGGUUUAUGUAGAGUAGCCAUAGUAAAGGUUGGAGAUAAGAAUUUCACACGGUCAAUAGCGCAUCUGUACCCUCUAGAGGUUCAAGAGUCAGAGGAAGACAUGGAAGAAAGAUUUAUAAGAGAUGAUACUUCGAGUGAGCUUGCUUCUGCCACGUUAGCCGAGCCUUUGGAAGAGAGUACCGACAGACAGAUAACUAUCUCAGAGGGGAUAGCUCAAGAAGAGAACUCACCUAUGAUGCAAAUAGACGAACCCAUUCAGGAGACAAUGGAGUGUGAAACCUUAGAGAGUGAAAGUAGAGAAUCUAUUGGGGAUGUUAUUGAUUCAGAGGAAGUCGGGAUACUAGCGAGAGACGAGGAGAAGGAAGAAGAUGGUAGAGUGGGUAGAGUGAGGAGAGUUGCGGCCACUAAAGCCCUACAGAGGAUUAAAGAGUGGACGAACAACUUAUUAUGCCUAUUUUGAUCUAUUUUCCGGCCGGGAGUGUCGCGAAGUUACCCAUUCGCGAAGUAAUCAGAAUAAAGUUACUCAAAAUGGUUGCUGCGGCUCGAAAUGGCGAGGCACCGAGCACGUGGAUUAAACCCGUUCCAGUGUUCGUGUGGAUGGUGAAGUCAAAGCUAAGUACCUAGGCUAUUUCAUAUUUAGACCAUUUUCUAUGUGUUAGAUAUUCCCGGUUAACCUGUAGAUAUAAAUGUCCCACGUGUAAUGGUUGCGCACCCAUUGUUAGUUUGUUAGUGGAUAUGUGUGUACCUCUCUUCACAGGCCAUUGGGACUGAGCUAAAGUAAAUUAGGUAAGAGGUCAAACCGUCGAUCGGCAAAGACGACAGGCUAGGCGAGGUAGCGAGAGGGCAAUCAGGCACUCCAGGCACCCAGGACCCGGAAGCCUAGAGUAUCGGCAAAGACGACAGGCUAGGCGAGGUAGCGAGAGGACAAUCAGGCACUCCAUGCACCCAGGACCCGGAAGCCUAGAGUAUACAGCACGCGCUAUGAGAAGGAACCAUGGCCAGCCGAAGUAACCUUUAAACCAGUGAAUAGAAUAUAUAUUGGAGGGUCCCAAUCGCUGGGUGGGAGAGAGAUGCACACAUUCCUAACCUAUAGAUACCAAGAUAGAGAAUUGCCCCAUGGUCUAGGUCUUAGAGAUUUCACCUACUGUGAAAUCAUAGUUUGUG